UUUAAAUAACGGAAGAUAUGGGUCAUCUAUUUAGACAUUAAGAAGGAAGUGCUGGUAAAAUUAAUAAUUUUAAUAUGCAUAAGCUCCUGUUGUAGCUGUUAUUCCAACUCCUUAAGCAUCAACAAUAGAUUAUGAUUGGGUACUAAUUUCAGGGUUCAUAAUCGUUUUGACAUAAGUGGGAUUUGCAUUUAUUGAAGCAGGAUCAGUGAGAUAUAAGAAUUCCUAAUCAAUAGUGAUAAAAGUACUAUUGGGUUUAUUUUUGACAAUAUUAAUAUGGUGGUUGGUAAGAAUAAAAGUUAAAUAAAUAUAGUUUGGAUAUGGAUUUUCAUUUGGUUAUGAUUUCUAAACAAAUUUUAUGGGAGGUACAAAAUUAGGAGGAGCAAAUUGGGAAGCAAAUCAAUACGGAAAUGAUUAUACUAAUUUUGGUAUUUCUGUUAAUAUUCAAAUUUGUAUAGUAUUUAGAGCAGCAGGUGCAGCAAUCGGUGUAUCAGUAUUAUCUGGAGCAGCAGCAGAAAGAAUGACAUUCUUAGCAUGGUCUAUUUUAACAAUUGUAUAUGCAGCAUUCAUAUAUGCAGGAUUAGCACAUUGGACAUUAGCAAAAGGAUGGUAUAAAUUAAAUAUAUUUUAAAAAGGUUAACAACUUUAGGAUAUAAAGAUUUCUCAGGAGCUGGCGUAGUAUUUUUUGCUGCAGGAGUUGCUGGAUUAGUCGUUACUGUUCUUUUAAAACCAAGAAGAUUUAGAUUUGAUCCAAAUACAACAUUAUAAUUCUAAAGACAUUCACCAAUUUAUAUUGGAUUUGGAUCUAUAUUAGUAUUUGCAGGAUGGUUAUUCUAUAAUGGAGGUAUUGUUGCUUAAGGAGCUAAUGCUAAAUACACUUAAGGAUUAGUUGCUGUCAAUACUUUGAUUGCUGGUGCAACUGGUGGAUUCUUUGCUUUUAUUAUUAGAUAUUUCUAAUAUGAAGUUACAAGUUUAGUUGCUUUAUCUAGAGGAAUUGUUAGUGGUUUAGUAGCUGUUAGUGCUGCUACUGAUGAUAUGAAACCAUGGACUGCAUUCAUUUAUGGUCUUUUGGCUGCUGUCUUUUAUAGUGUAUUAGCUAAAAUCAUUCCUAAAGUUCAUAUUGACGAUCCUGUUGAAGUUGUUCCUGUAUUUUUGGUAUUAUUUUUCAUUCAUUUUAGGGUAAUGGAUUCUUAGGAAUCUUUUUAUCAGCAUUCUUCGAUACUAAAGCUGGUGUUUUCUAUGGAUUUGGUGCUAAAUUAUUAGGAAUGUAAUUAUUAGGAUUAUUGAUCAUAUUUGUAUGGGUUGCCUUCUUUGUUUUAAUUACAUUACUUGUUUUAAAGGGAUUUGGAGUACUUAGAAUUGAUGCUGAAACUGAAAAUAUUGGUAUUGAUAAAGCACAUUGUAAUUUUAUAUCAUUUAUUUAUUUUUAGGCUUGGGUGAAGCCAUCGUUUUUGCUAACUAAGUUGAUGAAGUGCCUCUUGUUUAAAAAACUGAAUUGGUCUAAUUAGGAAAUAGUCAAGUUGGAUCAGGAUUUAGACCUGGAUUUAGAUGAUAUUAAAAUCAUUUAUAUAUAUGAGCAG